UCUCUUUCUCAUUGGCCUUGCCAGCACCGGUAGUCUCUGGCUUCCAUUUCGUUUUUUUUUUCUUUUUCUGCUCUGUUAAUGUUAAGUAGAAUGAUCUACCGGCUUUAAAUUUCCUUGCCCCUCAUUUUUCUUCUCCGUUUUGUACUUCUUCUCCGUUUUGUACUUCUGUGCCUUGAACUGAAAAAAAACGAUGAGUAAGGAAGAGAUCUUGAAGAUCCAGACAUAUGCGCUCAAAGUCAACAUACACUGUGAGGGCUGCAAAAAAAAGGUUAAGAAAAUCUUGCAGAAGAUUGAUGGGGUUUACAAGACGCAUAUUGACUCAGAAAUUGGGAAGGUGACAAUAUCUGGAAUUGUAGACCCGGAGACAUUGAUCAAGAAGCUAACAAAAAGUGGGAAACAUGCUGAAAUUUGGGGUGCACCAAAGGCUAAUAACAACAACCAGCUGAACGGCCAGUUCAAGAAUUUGCAUGUUGACGGUGGCAAAGGUGGGAACAAUAAAGGUCAAGGUGGUGGUGGUGGUGGUCAGAAGGGUGGUGCUGGUGGUGGUGGAGGUGGUCAGAAGGGUGGUGGUGGUGGUGGAGGCGGAAAUAAUCAGCAGCAGCCAAAAGGGGGAGUACCAAUUGGGCAAGGCAUGAAUCCAAUGCAGCAGCUUCAACAUUUGAAAGCCUUGCAAGAUACGCUGCCUCAAAAUAAUCAGCAGCAGCCAAAAGGGGGAGUACCAAUUGGGCAAGGCAUGAAUCCAAUGCAGCAGCUUCAACAUUUGAAAGCCUUGCAAGAUACGCUGCCUCAAUUGAAGGACAUGAAAAUGCCUGCUAUGCCCUUUGGGAACAACAACCAGAAGGCUGUCAAGUAUAUGCCUGCAGAAGAUGAGUAUUUUUCUGACGAUGAUGAGUUUGAUGAUGAUGAGUAUGACGAUGAUGAGUUUGACGAUGACGAGAUUGAUGAUGAUGAAAUGUAUGACGGCCCCCCAGCUAAUAAUAAUAAGAUGAAGCCACAUCUGGGAAUGGGAAAUCCUCUGGCUGGGGGGAUGAUGCCUAACAUGAUGAUGAAUAACAUCAUGAAUGGGCAGAAUCCUCAGCUAAUGAAGGGUGCUAAUAAUGGUGCAGCAAAUGGGAAGAAAGGUGGACCUGGACCUGGUGGCGGUGGAAAUAUACCUGUGCAGAUGAAUCUUGGGGGUGGCGGGGGGAACAAUAAUGGUGGUGGUAAGAAAGGUGGUAAUGGGAACAAUAAUCAGAACCAAGGUGGUGCAGGUGCAGGUGCAGGCGCAGGCGGAGGAGGAGCCCAAAAGGGUGGUAAGAAUGGUGGUGGGAUGCCUCAAGAUGGCAAAAAUGGUGGAGGGCAGAACAAGAACGGAAACGGUGGACAGGGUGGAGGAGGAGGAGGAGGAGGAGGAGGAGGUGGUGGUGGUGGGGGGGGCGGUUAUCCAAACAUUAAUGCUAAUGGGGCCAAGAAAGGGGGUGGAAUGAAUGAUGGGCUACAUGGCAUGCCAAACAUGAUGGCUAUGAAUGCUGGUGGUAGUAAUGUGGGCCCUCCAGCAGGGAGCAUGCCAAUGGGCCUGAUGGGCAGUGUACCCAUGGGCCAACUGAGCCAGAUGGGUCAAAUGGCUAAUGUUGCUGCAGUCCAAGGCCUGCCAGCUCCAGCAAUGAAUGGUGGUAAUGGUGGUGGUAGCGGCGGCGGCGGCUACUUCCAAGGUGCUGGACCUGAGAUGAUGGCCGGAAACCCCUACUAUCAGCAACAAAUGGCAGCCAUGAUGAUGAACCAACAAAGGGCUAAUGGGAACGAGAGGUUUCAGCCGAUGAUGUAUGCCCGGCCACCGCCCGCCGUCAAUUACUGGCCACCCCAGCCUUACUCAUCCUACCCCUACCAUGCCCCCCCGCCCCCUGGCGAGCACUACACCGAGGCAUUCAAUGAUGAGAACGCCUCCUCGAGCUGUAGGGUCAUGUGAUUUCUUGCUAAAACCAGGACAGAGAAGCGGUGAAGGGGGAGGAGCUGUGGAGCUGCUGAUGGUGCGAAGGUUUCAAUCAAAUUCACAGUUGAUCAAGUUGCUAGUGAUAUGGAAAACAUGGAUGGCAAUCAUAUACAAGCAAAAAAAUAUAUAUAUGGAAUUUUACCUUUUAAAUCUUUUAGACUCUUUUUAAUCCUCAGUUUAGAUUUAAGUUUUUUUCUGAUAGGCAGUAAUGAUAGAUAAUAGUAAUAUCAAAGUGCUAGGAAGGAAUAUGAUAUGACUCGUGAGAUGUUAGCUGGACUUGGGCUGUGAUAUGAUGAAUGCAUGAGAUGUUUAUAUAUGU